AGAGUCAACACAGCGCUUGCUCCGUCUCUCAAGGUGGUCGUCAGCUGUUUUGCCUCAAUUUCCGGGGUACUUUAUGCUGCAGUGCUGCUUCACUCUCAUUUCUUCGUUCUUUUACUCUCAUUUCCUGGUGUCUAAUCACUUCUUGUUCUUGAAAAUGGGUUAGAAGGAUUUCCGUUGGAAUGAGCAGGGUCAUGUUACGGAGAUGAACUGAAACGAUCAGGGAAAAUUGGAUAAUACCAAUUAUAGCCCAAAAGAAUUGCAGACUUGCAAGGAAAUAAGCUUCCUUGAUCGUGGCUUUGCGCGCAGAGGAGUUACAUCGGUUUUGUUAGAGGUAGCAGGCUGCAAUAUGACUGCAACAACAAAUGAAAGGGGAGGUGGGUUCCUGCGCACACGCCUGCGAUCAGCACUCCACACUUCCAACGACCUCCUCUCAGGCAUCUCCUCGAACAUUUCCUCACGACUGUCAGCCUUCUCAGUAGCCUCUGCCAACUCCAAUGCCUCCUCAGAGCGCACACCACCAGCGGGAGAGAAGGUCCGGCCAGAGACGCCUCCUCUCCAGCUUCCUCCGAGCCCAGAGGACAGCCACCGCUCCCCAACCAUGAAAGAGAUGAUUAAGGAGACCUUCAAACUUGAGAACUUAAGGGAACUGCCAACUUUGGAGGAAUUCAUGCAGUCAGAAUCAUCUUCAGAGCCUUCAACACUACCAACUGACACGCCAGAAUCUCCCAAGACAGGCUUCCGUUACCAUUUCAAUAAUUUCAACCAGGCUAUACCAAAAAAACUUGUCGACUAUAAGCAACUGGCGAUAAGGACUCUGAGUGGGGACACACAAGUAGAAGGUGUAGCAAAUGGCCAAGAAGAGCUGAAAGGCUGUGCCAUCAAUGUGGAGUGUGUUGAUGAUGAAGCUGCACAAAAUGAAGGGGAAGGUGAUGAAGCUAAAGAUGUUGUGGAAAAAGCUAGCACUUGUCUUUCAUCAAGAUCUUUCAAUUCUAUGCACUCCCUGUAUGCCACUGGUCCGGACCCCUAUGACAAACUGCGAUACAAACCAGACAUUAUUAGCAGCGGCACACCAAGCGACGGGGAAGGCCUGGGUCAUUCCACUAGCCUGGACUCUUCGGAUUCUGACCCACACAAAAAGCUUUGGAUCAGAUCAGGUUCACAGACAUCCUUGCAGUCAUGGGCUUCCAGUCUCUCUUAUGACAGCCAGGCAGAUGACGUCAACGAACCCAAGGAAUUUAUGCGGAAGUUUGUCGAGGAAGUGUUCAAGAUGCCGCAUGUUAUUGAUGUAGACAAGAAAGCCCGAUUUGGGGAGCUAGCACAGACUGAACAAGGGCGUCUUUGGUUUGCUCGAUGUAUCAAUGCAAAGCGUUGCUGCAAGUGUGUCACUGAAGCUUCUUUCUUCUCUCUCAUCCAACAUUUUUCUGUCAUGUUGUUUGAGUGCUGUGAAGCUGAAGAUUUCUCACCAGCCAAAAGCCUAAUGAAUAUGUGCUUUACAUACUACCAUGAAGCCACAACACCUGGAGGCCAGAACAGAAACAAAGAGUUCUUGUACACCUACCUCCGACAACAGCCAAUCUGGCGAUCUCUACGCUUCUGGAAUGCUGCCUUCUUUGAUGCCCUCCAGUGUGAGCGCUCCCUGCGGCCAGUUGUGACCCGAGAGGAAGUGGAGAGUAAUAGAUUGCAGGCUGUUACGGAUGAGCUUCACUACCAGGAAAACAUUACUUUUGGUCAACUGGGAACCUUCACCUGCAACAUGCAUGCUUUUGGCCUGUCCAAGGAAAUGGUGAACGAAUUUCUCCGGAAGCAGGUCACCAUCGCUAGUCUACGACCCGACCAAGUGAAAUUGCUACGUGACAAUGUGGAGAGAAUGUACAGUGGCAAGCAAGAAUGGCAGUAAGGUGUGAGGCUGUAUUUAUACCAAACUCAUAUAACACUGUGAGAGAGAUCUGCUCGCUAGAUUACAGACAGAUAACAAAUGAGAAGUGAUCGUCAUGUGAUCGUAGUAUUAGUAUCAUUGGCAAGGUUUGUGUGUAUGGUGGUUUAAAGAAACCUUGGCUAAAGUCAGUAUUUGAUAUGUGAACUCGGAUAGUUUUCAUACUGUUAAGUUUAUUAUGGCUUACUGAAUAGACAGGUUGUUUACGUUUAUCUGUGUGUGAGGAUUGUUGAGUGUCCAUUUCCUCCUGUUCUUCAUAAAGAAUGAACUGAUUAUAAGGUUCUGUCAUAUAGAUGAAUAUAUAUUGUUGAAUACAAGUUGUCAGGCAUUUAUUAAUAUGUAUACAUUUUGAAGAGUAUGAUGGUCAUGUACACGAAAACUGUGUUUUUCAGCCAUUUUGAUGGUACAUUGGUGAAACAGUUUAGUACAGUAAUGCAUGUUUGAAUUUGAAUAAUGAACAAAGUUAAAAUGA